GCGGCAAAAACUUUUGCGAUUCGCAAAACGUACUAUCUGCAAGAAUAUCAAUAAUUGAGAUACAAGAGAGCUAGAGCCAGCAAAUAUGCAAAGAUUUCUCCCAAGAAUCUCCCAAACUCAAGUUUCUUGGCACCCUCUUAGAAUUUCAUAAUCAUUACUUCUCCCUUCCUUAAAUUGCACUAUUAUAUUAUACAUACAUUGUCAGUCUUCUCUUUGUUAGUCUCUUUUCUUUUCCCUCUCAACCAAAAUCAAAAUAAAAAUGAAAAACCAACAACAACAACAACAACAACAACAUCACCAAAGCCUUCUCAUUCUAUUCUCAUCAAAUAAGAAACUAUACAAUUUCAUCAUUAUUAUCCCAUUUCUCCUUAUAUUUGGGUGUGGCAUUAUCAUUGGGACAUCAUUUUCUACUAACAUAUUCCCUAAUUAUAUGGGCAAUCUUUUCCUCACCGUAAAAGUCAUUAACAACACAAAUUCCUCCCUUCCACCACCAACAAUGUCAUCGCCACCACCGCUGACGCUACCGCAGCUUCCUUUGCAGCCUAAUGUAUCGGUAUUCGACAUCGAGCCGAGUGCACCAUCUCCACUCCCAUUGGCACACGGAAUGGACGAUGAGGAGUUGCUAUGGAGGGCUUCAAUGGUGCACAAAAUUAGAGACAAAGAGUUGAUGAAAAAAAAAGUUCCACAACCUAAAAUUGCGUUUAUGUUUUUAGUACGUGGCCCUUUGCCAUUGGCUCCUCUUUGGGAUAAGUUCUUUCUUGGCCAUGAAGGAUUGUACUCCAUCUACGUGCAUGCGAAUCCUUUGUAUAAUCAGAGUUAUCCCAAACAAUCUGCAUUCUAUGGCCGAAGAAUUCCAAGCAAGGAAGUUAAAUGGGGAAAAUUCAAUAUGGUUGAAGCGGAACGCCGCCUACUAGCCAAUGCCCUUCUUGAUCACUCGAAUGAACGGUUCAUUCUCCUAUCGGAAUCAUGCAUCCCAUUGUUUAAUUUCUCCACAGUUUAUUCCUAUCUUAUAAACUCUACAAAGAGUCAUAUUCAGGUUUAUGAUCUAAAAGGCGCUACUGGACGAGGUCGUUACGACUAUCACAUGAGCCCUCUCGUUCGAUUGUGGCAAUGGCGAAAAGGGUCUCAAUGGUUCGAGAUGAAUCGUGAGUUAGCCAUUGAGGUGAUAUCAGACAAAAAGUACUUCACCAUCUUCUCAAAAUUCUGCAAGAAUUCUUGUUAUGGAGAUGAACACUAUUUGCCUACUUAUGUUAGUAUCAAUUUUUGGAAGAAAAAUACUAAUAGGACGGUAACAUGGGUUGAUUGGUCUAUUUUAGGGCCUCACCCUGGAAAAUUUGAGAGGCCUCAUGUUACACCUACGUUGCUACAAAAGUUGAGGAGUAAUUACACUUGUGAAUAUAAUGGGAAGAAGACUAAUAUUUGCUUCUUGUUUGCAAGAAAGUUCAUGCCAGGCACCUUGAUUAGAUUGAUGAAGUUUUCUCGUAAAUUUUUGAAGUUUGGUUGAUAUGUUACUAGAAUUUUGGCUCAUGUUGUACACUGAAAUAGUUUUUUUUUUAUAAAUGAGAGGAAGUUGAGGUUUUUUUUUGGGUUAUGAGUUAUGUAUUUAAACACAUUAUGAAAUAUAUCGUUCUAUUCUAUAUUCUGUUAGAAUAGCAAUAGUUUGUUGUAAUAAUAAAGUUAGGUUUCUGUUAUAA